CCGUGAGCCAUGUCUGAAACAGAAGACGUGAUGGAAGAAGAGGUGCAAGAAGAAGUCGAGGAGGAAGUCACAGACGAAGUGCCUCCUCCUGAAGUGGAAGGUAAAUCGUGAGUCUUGCAACUUUUUAUAUGCAUGUAGUUCACAUUCACCAUCUCAUUUACAAAUAUCUUUUACAAGUAUAUUUUAUGUAUCAGUUCAUUCAUCAUGUAUUCAUUCAUUCAUUCCUCCAUUUUUGGACAUUAGUUAUCCACUAUUUAUAAUGUUUCCAUAUUCCUUCUGAAUACAAUGAUAUACUUCAUCAAUAGCCCCUCCUACCGCAGUUCAAGGUAACCACGCUUGACUUUGAAAUUAUUGUAAUGUUUCCGCAUAUUUGAGAUUAACCAAAAUAAAAGUAUUGUAGAAUUGACUGUUUUUUAAACAGCUGUUUACUAUUUUAUAGGCACAACUGGGAAGAUAAUAUUUUGAAAUCUACACUGCAUCUUUAAAAUGUGCUUAUAAUAAAAUUUAACACUUCAAAUAUUAGCAUUUUAACAUUAGCUUUUGAUAUUAGAAAUUUGGCACUGACACAUUUGCUUUUUUUUUUUUUUUUUUUGAGUUAUUAGUAUGGGCUAUAACAGACUGCUAUGACUACUUAGUAGUAGUGUGCAAUGCAUUAAAAUGACUCUGGAAACAUAUCUUUCAUCCUCAAUAUUUUUCAUAUUUUUAUAUCAGAACCAGAAGAUGAAGUAGAAGGUAACAAUUCUACACUCAGAACCAGAAGCUGAAGUAGAAGAAGCAGAACCUGAAGCAGAAGCUCCUACAGAGGAAGAAGCUGCAGAGCCAACUGAAGAUGAGAUGAAGCCAAAGCCAAAGCUGUUCAUGCAAAAUAUUGCACCUCCAAAGAUUCCAGAAGGAGAGAAAGUGGACUUUGACGAUAUCCACAGGAAGCGUCAGGAGAAGGAUUUGUCUGAACUGCAGUCCCUAAUUGAGGCUCACUUCAUUCAGAGGAAAAAGGAUGAGGAGGAACUCAUUGCACUUGUCCACAGGAUCGAAAAGCGGCGUGCGGAGAGGGCAGAACAGCAGAGGAUCCGUGCGGAGAAAGAAAGGGAAAGGCAAGCUCGCCUGGCGGAGGAAAAGGAGAGGAGAGAGCAAGAGGAACAGAGGAAGAAGCAGGAUGAGGAUGCCAAGAAGAAGAAAGUUCUCACCAACAUGACACAGCAGUAUGGCGGACUACAGCAGAAGAUGGAGGGCCGUAAAGGGGCCAAGAAGCAGACUGAGAGGGAGAAGAAGAGGAAAAUCCUGGCUGAGAGGAAAAAGCCGCUCAACAUCGACCAUCUGUCCGAGGACAAACUGAAGGAGAAGGCCAACGAGCUCUGGCAGUGGAUGAUGCAACUGGAGGCUGAGAAGUUUGACCUCGGCGAGAAACUUAAGAGACAGAAAUAUGACAUUACUCAGCUUCUGGCUCGAGUCAAGGAUCACCAGAGCACCAAAGGUCGCGGCAAGGGCAAGAUGGGCGGUAGGCUGAGGUGAACAUGCAGAGGUCUGAGUUAUUCCACGAAGACACUGGAAGACAUACAGCAGUCUCUCCAAUCCGCUGUACUGUUUGACUGUUCAUAUAGCACAUAUAGAGACAGUAAAGAGAAUCUUUGUUGUAA